AUGGUCUGCGUCAGGCUUCGGCACGAAUUGCCCAGACGCUUCUCCACAUCAGUCACCUUCACUUCAAUCGACAGAACGCAGUUCCCUAUUCGUCUGUUCAAGGACCUCAAACCCAAUGCCAAGUACAAGCUCAGGGUGCCCUUGAUGAAGUCGCCGUCCCAUUUGGGACAUUACUCAUCCCGUAUGAAUAGAAGAUACAACGAGGACAGGUACAGUGGGUGUGUGUUGGACUUGAAAGGCAGGACCACGUUCAAUUUCAACAUCUUCGAUGGCCAUGGUGGUGAUCAAUGCCUGACUUAUUUACUGGAACAUUUGGGGAAGGUGGUUGAGGAGUCUUCACUGUUGUGUGGGGAGGAUGAUGCUUCAAGAGAGGGACUUAUCAAGCAGUAUGCUAAGAAUAUUGGUGGUUACUGGCGCAGAUGGUAUAAGCAACGAAAACAGAACUUCGAAAAAUGGGCAGCAGUGCCGAUCCAGGUUAACAAAUUGAGCAAAUUAGGAGAUGUUCUGGAUGAUCUUCUGCUCAGAUUACCCCUUUCCUUCUUGCAAACCGACUACGACUUCUUCAAUGAGAAGGACAAUAAACUGGGCUCAACUUGCACCUCUGUGUACAUGGAAACGCUCCACUCAGAGCUUCACGGAGAGAUUCAGCCUGUAUUUGAAAGCUACUACUUCAACAGAGGUACCGUCAACAAAUUGACUGUGGCCCAUGUGGGCGAUACCAAAGCGAUCAUGGUUGAUAAGAACGGCGAUGCUCAUCCCUUGACCGUUCCUCACCAUCCGCUGAACCCUACAGAGUCAUCUAGAUUAAGACGGUACUCGGCGAAUUACUUCAUGACAGAUUCGUUCGGCGAGGAGCGCUUCAUCUCGUUAGCAAACACUAGAGCCUUUGGAGAUCUCAACUACAAAGAGGUGGGCGUGAGCGCCGAGCCAGAGGUAUCCCAGUACAUUUUUGGGGAUAGCAGUACCAUCUCAGACAAUUUGACCCCGAAAGAGAUAAAGGAACACACCGUCGGCGGGCUUGGCGGAGAUGAGUCCUUCUUGGUACUUUGCACAGAUGGCAUCACCAACGAGAUCACCGACCAAGAAGUCGCUGAUAUCGUCAUGACAAACUUCAACAUGCGAGGCCACCAGGCUGCUACUCCUCAGGUGUGCGCUGAGGAGGUUGUCAAAUUCGUAGAGUACAUUGGUGGUGAUGACAACGCUACCUGUCUUGUCAUUCGCAUGAGCGGCUGGGGCCACUGGCCUGUGAUGGAUAGAACAGGUCAGCUUCGGCAAGAGCGUUUGAGUGCCUACUCGCCUCGUGAUCGUGGCUCUGGUUGA